GCUCUAAAAGAAAUAUAAUAAAAUCCAAACUUCAAAAGAAAGGAUUCUGACAAGCAAAGCAUCAAAAUGGCAACAGACUUUUUGUUUCCGAAAAUAGCGGAUUGCUCCUAUGUAUCCUGUUACUGUGAGGAAAACGUUUGGAAAUUAUGUGAGCAGGUGCAGCGCACGCGCCCUGAGGAGUUAAGCAAGUGCUAUGCUGUUUUCGUAUCAAAUGAGGGCAGAACUGUUCCGCUAUGGCGGCAAAAAGCUGGACGUGGUGAUGAUCAAGUAGUGAUAUGGGACUAUCAUGUAUUCUUUAUGCAUAAUCCCUUGCCAAACCGCUGUUUGGUAUAUGACUUGGAUACUACACUCCCGUUUCCAACAUAUUUUCAUAAGUACGUAACUGAAACUUUUCGGUCAGAUCUGGCUCUACGACCCGAGCAUCACAGAUUUUUUAGAGUCAUACCUGCUGAUACAUAUCUAAUUGAAUUCUCAUCGGAUCGUAGGCACAUGCGCCGACCAGAUGGUAGCUGGAUUAAGCCGCCACCAUCAUAUCCACCUAUCCUUUCGAAUACUAACAUGCAUUGUUUAGGCGACUUUAUUUGCAUGAGUGCUGGUAAAGGACCCGGCGCCGUCUACAGCCUCUCCGAGUUUGUGCAAUACUUUUAUAAGUCACCUCACGUUGCAGCACAACACAACAAAUAAAUUAUCAAUUAUCACACAAAUACGUUUACUGAUAUCAGCUUAAACCAAAAUCGAAACUAAUUUAAAAAGUUUGUGCUCUUGCAAAACUUGCCGCUAACACAACAGAUGUGCAUUAUACUAAAAGACAAUUAAAUAAGAAUUGCAUACACAUAACUACUUAUAUAAAU